CAAUCUCUCUUCUGCUCAAACCACCUCUAAUCCACCGUUUCCCAUCGAUACGCUACGAACCGCUCCCCUCUUCUCUCCAUAUCCACGCCCAACAAUGUCCCACGGUCAGCAUCUCCCCUCCCCCGCGCCUACGCCGUUUCCAGGUGCGCCACCGGAUGACCCCACCAUCCGCGCGACACUCGAGAAGGAGCUCCAGCGCCUCGCGCAAGACCUAUAUGAGAUGGAGGUGUGCGCUGGCGAGGUCGUCGCGGGGAUGGAGGGACAGGUUGCCGAGCGUCUCGAAAAGGUCAACAGGGCGCUCGUCGAGCUCACACGCCUCGCACCACAGGUCACGGAUUCUGUGCCAAAGCAGGUCAUCGAAAACGUUGACAAAGCGAGGAAUCCGCACCAGUACACCAAGACGUCGUUGAGCCGCGCGACAGGCGAGAACCAGUACGCGCUGGGAAGGCUAUUGGGCCUCGAGUCUUUCCGGCGGCAGCUCGAAUCUGGGCUUUCCGACGCAUUCCCCGACCUCCCCCUGCCGGAGCGCAGGCACAAGCCGGUCGGCGUCGAGAAUGGCGAGGGUGGGUUUGGAGAUGGUGCUGGCACAGACGGAGAGGGGUCGCGGGGUGGGGCGGGGGAGAAACGGGAGGCGGGGACGAGAGGUGGCAGCGAGGCCGUCAGUUCCAAGCUCGAGGAGGGUGAUGGCGAGUCCCGAGGGCUUGAGGAUGGCAGCGGGGCCGGAAGACCUGGAGAAGGGCAGGGGGCGGCGGCGGCGCAGCGAGCGGAAUCAGAGGUUAAGACGGAGGACUUGGCGGGCGUCUCGUUCGGAACGGAGACGGACGUAGCGAUAGGAGAGGAUGGGUUCGCGGGACGAAGGGAGAUGGACACUCGGGCUGGAGCUGAACUAGGAGAGAGCGACGCGAACGGUGACAGCAAGCCGGCGGUGUAGCAAGCCGGCACUAUGUAGCAGCACAACCGAAGAUAAUCAAGCUCGACACAGCCCGACCCGCACGCCUCAAGCCCACAACUGUACUUCCGACAUGUAUCAUUGUAAUUGCUUCCUACGGUUACUCCUUCCGACGGCGACGGGAACGGCAACGGCUAGAGCGGGGCGAGCUUGUGCCCAGCCUCCCAGAAGAGGCUGAUGCAGCUAAGGCUACCGGUGAACCAAGCUACGGUACGGGCGAGACCAGCGGCGUCUGGUG